AUGGCUACAGAACUCAGAGAAGCCUUCAUCAAGGCAGAGAAAGAAAACAGAUCGGCACUCGUGACAUUCAUCACAGCCGGUUUCCCCCGUAUCGAGGAUACGGUUCCAGUGUUGAAAGGACUCCAAGAGGGAGGAGCAGAUGUGAUCGAGCUCGGAAUUCCAUUCAGUGAUCCAAUUGCAGACGGCCCAACCAUCCAGGCGGCAAACGUGGUGGCGUUGGACAACGGAAUGAGCGUGAAGAAGGUUCUAGAACAGGUGAGGCAGGCCCGUGCGGCCGGUGUUACGGUGCCCAUCGUGCUCAUGGGCUACUACAACCCGAUUUUGAUAUACGGGGAGAAGAAGAUGAUCCACGACACAAAGCAGGCGGGUGCCAACGGUUUUAUCAUCGUGGACUUGCCGCCGGAAGAGGCCGUCAAGUUCAGAGACUUGUGCUCGGCCGACGGACUCUCUUACGUGCCAUUGGUUGCCCCCUCGACGACAGAUGACCGUUUGAAGCUCUUGGGAGAGAUUGCCGACUCGUUUAUGUACGUGGUGUCGCGUAUGGGCGUCACGGGGGCCGGAAUUUCGGUCACGAAAGACGUGGGACCGCUCUGCGAGCACGUGAGGAAGCUUACCGGCGGAAAGACGCCGCUAGCCGUCGGAUUCGGCGUCUCCACGAGGGAGCACUACCUCCAGGUGGGAAAAGACGCAGACGGUGUUGUGAUUGGCUCAAAGUUGGUGAACCUAGUUAAGGAGGCAGCCGAUGGUGACAGAGCAGACGCUGCAAAGAGAUAUGCACACUCGAUUUUGAACGGCGCAGGCACAAACGUGCAUCCUAAGGAUGUGAUUCCGGAGAAAGCAGACACUUUGGCACACCCAGACUUUGUGGAAAAGCACAAGCACAACCCACGUUUUGGAGACUACGGCGGCCAGUACGUUCCGGAGGCAUUGCACGGGUGUCUCCGCGAGUUGGAGGGUGCCUUUGAGAGUGCAAUUGCCGAUCCGAAGUUCUGGGAGGAGUACAGGGGCUUGUACGACUACAUGGGCCGGCCAUCUCCACUGACUUACGCCAACAGGCUCACGGAGUACGCCGGAGGUGCACGGAUCUGGUUGAAGCGCGAGGAUUUGAACCACACGGGUUCGCACAAGAUCAACAAUGCGAUCGGCCAGAUCUUGAUUGCCAAGAGGCUUGGUAAGAAGAACAUCAUAGCCGAGACCGGUGCCGGCCAGCACGGUGUGGCCACUGCUACUGCUGCCGCGAAGUUCGGCAUGAGCUGCACGAUCUUCAUGGGGGCCAAGGAUGUGCAGAGACAGGCAUUGAACGUGUUCCGGAUGCGGAUUUUGGGUGCCAAGGUGAUUUCCGUGACCAACGGCACGCAGACACUAAGAGAUGCCACUUCAGAGGCCUUCAGAUACUGGGUGUCGCACGUUAAGGACACGCACUACGUUGUGGGAUCAGCCAUUGGCCCACAUCCUUACCCUACCAUGGUCAGAACCUUCCAGUCUGUGAUUGGCCGCGAGAUCAAGCAGCAGUUUGCUGCCAAAAGCGGCGGAAAGAAGUUGCCCGAUCUGGUUGUUGCCUGUGUUGGCGGAGGUUCGAACUCCAGUGGCACGUUUUCUCCGUUCGAGAACGACACUUCCGUGCAGUUGAUGGGCUGUGAGGCAGGCGGUGAAGGUAUUGAGACCGGAAACCACUCUGCAACCUUGACUGCAGGCCACCCCGGCGUUUUCCACGGUGUCCGGACCUACGUUCUCGAAAACGAGGACGGCCAGAUCCACGACACUUACUCCGUGUCCGCCGGUUUGGACUACCCGGGUGUUGGUCCGGAGUUGGCCGGCUGGAAGGACAGUGGCCGUGUCAAGUUCAUUGCUGUGACUGAUGCCGAGGCUUUGGAGGGAUUCCGGUUGCUUUCACAGUACGAGGGUGUGAUUCCUGCUUUGGAGUCUUCGCACGCCGUCUACGGGGCUGUGCAGCAGGCCAAGAAGAUGUCCAAAGACCAGGAUGUCGUGAUUACUGUUUCCGGAAGGGGUGAUAAGGACGUUACCAACGUUGCCAAGAAUCUUCCUGUUUUGGGUCCUAAGAUCGGCUGGAACUUGAGGUUUGGUUCUUUGGACGAUGCCUCUAAAUGA